AUGUCUGGAAAGAAAGAUCUACAAUCGGAAUUAUCACCUAAUGAUUAUAAAGUGUUUCAAGGUCUCCAAAAAAAGUGGCGAUGUAAAUUAUGUGAGCAAGAAUUUUACGUGGAAUCGUUACCCGGAGCUAUAUCAUAUAAUUCUGUAUUGAAAUUACGACAAAGCUGGGGAAUGAAAAGCAAACCUGUUUCUCCUGCAUUGUUGUAUCAAAAAGUGCAUGUUUGCGUGUUUUGUUUACAAUUCUUUGAAUAUCAAUUAGAGAAGGAAGAGAAAACGCUAAAGAAAGCUCCAAAACAAGCGAGCAGCACAAAAAAAUAG